AUGGGUAGCCUAUUCCUGGAGCAAAUAAAAAAACAGACAACAACUUUCCUACAAGAAAAGUACAAAUCUGCUAGGAUGACAUUUACUGAUGUUACUGAAGCUGAAUUGCUGGCAGAGGAAGCAACAAAUAAGGAUGAUUGCAGUCCUGAUGCCAAAACUAUGACCAGAAUUGCCGAGGCAUCAUUUGACAUAGAUGAGUAUUGGAGAAUUGUUGAUAUUCUUCAUCAUAGGUUGUAUAACGUGGAUUGGGAGCAGUGGAGGCAAGCAUACAAAACAAUGGUUCUUCUGGAAUUCUUGCUCACCCAUGGCCCUCAAGAGUUUGCUCAUGAAUUUCUAUGUGAUGUGGAAAUUAUUGAAGAACUAGGAGGAUUUACUCGUAUUGAUGAAAAAGGGUUCAAUUGGGGAUCCAGAAUGCAAAAACUAUCAGACGAAAUAGUGAAGCUUUUACAGAAUGCAGAAGCUCUGACAGAAGCACGUUUGAAGGCUCUGAAAAUAACAAACGGAAUAGAAGGGUUUGGAAGUUCAGUGAAGUGUCCAUCUCCAACAUCGUCAUCAUCCGCAGGAUCUUCAUCGUUUUAUUCAUUUUUCACCACUGAUAACAUGUUUCAGUCUAAUGAAGAGUUAAAUAAACAGAAAUCAGAGUCCAUAGGAGAUAACAGCAAUAUUAAUAUAAUGGUACCACCAAGGGACUUGAAGCAUGUGACCAAAAAUCACCUUUGGAAAGGUUUUGCAGCUGAAGAGAAGAAUAUUUUGAUCGAUUCUACGGAAGAUGAAUUCGUGGAAAAACCAAAAGGGUUUGUGGGUGAAAUUUUCGGAAAGAUCUCUGCUGUUAGUCCCGUUAAAGGAGAAAAACGUGGAAAGGUUGAAUUUAGAUGCCUAUCUGAUGUUGGCAAAAAGCUCACCCAAAAGAAAUUUGAUCGUCAAUACUCGUUAUGGUUUUGA